GUUCCACCACUCAAAUUUGAUAAUAAUAAUAGAAAAAAAAAAAUACUUUGACUUAGAUUAAUUUAAUCGGAAUGAAUUUACUAAUUAUAUGUAUCAAAUACAAGUGAACAUAACAGGCUGUCAGACGAAAUUCGCAGAUCAUAUCGGAACUUGUCAAACACAAGACGGUUUUGUCAGAUAUCAAAGAAUGAUUUGACAGUCCCAAAGAUAAAUGAUAAGACCAAUCAAAAAAGCGUGCGUAAUCAGUGCUGUUUCACUUUGGGCUAUAAAAGUCGAAAUCAAAUGUCUAAUUGAGGAUAGAACAAAACAAAAUGUUCAAGUUGGUAGUAUUUAUUUCAUUGGUCGCCUGUGCGUUGGGGUCCACCAUCCCUGAAGGCCUAUUACCUCAGUUAGAUGGACGCAUUGUCGGUGGCGAGGAAACGACAAUAUCAGAAUUUCCAUACCAACUUUCCAUGAUGAACAGAGGCAGUCACAGUUGUGGAGCUAGUUUAUUAACUCCAAGAUAUGCCUUGACAGCUGCUCAUUGUGUUUCUGGUGCUUCUGCGAGCAAUUUGAAAAUUCGUGCUGGAUCUUCGUCAAGAAGCAGUGGUGGAACAGUUGUUCAAGUUGAAAGGGUUAAAGCUCACCCACUCUACAAAUCCAGCACGAUGAUGUACGAUGUUGCUAUCCUUAAAUUGGAAAGUGCGCUCCCUCUUGGACCAGACAUUAGCACUAUUGAGUUAGUCAAAGAAUCACCAGCUGAAGGAACUCGCGCUGUUGUCAGUGGUUGGGGUACAAAGAGCUCUGGAGCUCUCACCAUUCCUACUGUUCUACGAUUUGUGAGUGUUAAAAUUGUCAGCCGCGAAGUGUGUGGAUCAAAAUCUUAUUCUUAUGGAAGUGACAUCAAGGCGACCAUGAUUUGCGCACAAGCAUCUGGAAAGGAUGCAUGCCAAGGUGAUUCUGGUGGCCCAUUGGCCGUUGAUGCUGGACAAGCUGGUAUUGUUUCAUGGGGUUAUGGAUGUGCCGCUAAGAAUUAUCCUGGUGUUUAUACUGAUGUCGCUGCAGUUCGCCCAUGGAUUAUUGAAACUAUUUUGCAAUUGUAAUAUUAUUAGUUUUAAAAC